AUGUACAUUCCAAAGGAGCCCGAACGUUCAGGGGUGGUCACGAUCCAAGAAGUGGCACAGUCAGCCUUUAGAAUGAUGACCACUAUACUUGAACAAACGCCGCAUCGAUACCAAUACACUAAUAUUCAUACUCGUUCUGAGAAAAUCACAUCGGAUAGAAAGUCUCAAGAUAGCGCUAGAACAUGGAUAUUAGCCAUACCGGCCGGCGUGAUGAUUGUUCUCUUCCUUUCUUUCAUAUGUGGAAUCGUCAUCGAGAAAAAGGCGGAACAGAAAAAAUGUCGCUAUACUCAACGACCUUUAUCACGCACAAAGACAACACCAUCACGACAAUCACGAAAUGAUUCUCGCACUUUAUGCCCAGUUUAUUCCCAUAGACCGAAACCGACGGGAGAAAUGGGCGCUGCAAGAGCAGCAUUGGGUGCUACAAUUUCUCCAGCUCCCACAAAUUCAUCAAUCGAAGAAGACCAUACAGCAAGCAGCCUAAGAAAUCAAGGCUAUUACCGACCAACCGGUCAAAUUGGGGCAGCAAGAGCGGCACUCGGUGCGAGGGUUGAGCCAGAAGCCAGACAAGCAAGAACAAAUAACGACAGAUCCAUACGAUUUCAGCAAAGCUACGUUCCAACUGAUAUUGGCAGUCGGAUCGUCUCUCGCCCUGUUGAACAGCCAGAUUCUAUAUACACAUUACGGCCUCGCGAGAGUGUCGCAGACAUGAUGCAAAGAGUAGAUCGUGAGGUACAUCGAGCGGUCGCUAGAUAUCCUAUCUUCGCGACUAAUCUACCUAGUCCCCCACCAGCUCAUCUUCGUCGACCCAGUCGACCAACAGGUCCGACGACAAUCGAUGAGGAAGUGAGUCGACAAGUAGCCUCAUUUCCUAUCUUCCAGCAAAACACUGUAACUCAGCAUGCAAUGGCUACCGGAAGUAAUGAGGAACAAUAUCGAGAAUUUACGACGAUCACAACAGCAAGCGCAAAUACAGAAAUAGACAACGAGGAAUUGAGAAGGGAAGUUGCGACACUUCCCGUGUUCCAAAAUACAGCUGGGUAUCGCCCGAUGCCGACAAGGAGACCAGAUCCGGUAACCCCACCGCCAGCGUACUCACACGCACCAUCAUAUAGGGGAUAUGACUCACACGAGGAAGCGCCAGAAAAUGAGGCGGAUGAUUCGGUUGAUGAGGAAAACUGUGUAACUACUCCUUCUACUUUACCACCAGCUUACAUCAGAGGAGAUUGA